AUGGAACUUGAGCCACGAUACACAAUUCCAUGUCGCACCACUAUGUCCGCCCGCAUAGUAAAGUUGUAUGACACCACACGAGAAAACAUUAAGAUCGUAUUGCAGGACAAGAAACUCGCUCUAACUACAGACGGGUGGACAUCAGUCGCCACACAUGCUUACGUGACAAUCACAGCGCACUUCAUUUCAGACACAUGGGAGCUAGAGAAUUUCGUUCUUUGCACGAAAAAACUAAGGGGAAGUCACACAGCUGCCCAUGUCGCAGAGAGCAUCAGCAACACACUGGAAGAAUGGAAUAUAUCCCGUGAAGCAGUAAUAGCGGUUGCCACAGACAAUGCGCAGAAUUAUGUGAAAGCCAUACGCGAUUUAAGCCUCUUACAUGUACCUUGUUUAGCACACACGUUAAACCUAGCCGUGCGCAAGGGACUAGAGGUAAGGGCUAUUGAAACUGCCCUUUCUCGCCUUAAACAGACAUCAGCUCAUUUUGGAAAGUCUCCUGCUGACUGCUGCCUGUUGGAGGCAAAGCAGGAGCUUUUUGGACUAAAAAAGGAGAGACUGAUAAAUGACUGCGUCACGAGAUGGAACACGACGUAUGACAUGAUCGGUCGUGCCUCCAAACAGCAAGCAGCCGUGGCCGCGGCCAUUUUUGAAAAGAAAAUGUCCCACUUGGAACUCAGCACUUCGGAGUGGUCUUUGGUUGAACAAAUAAAAGACACACUGAAACCAUUCAAAAUUGCAACUCAGGCCCUCUCCACUGAUGCCUAUCCUACAGCAUCCGCCAUCCUCCCUCUACAACAUGUUAUGCUCUCUCAGCUGACCGCUCCUGACGCAACACAGAGAGCUAUCAAAGAAAUGAAAGUGCGGAUGGUCGACAUUUUAAAACCGCGCUACAGUGAAAACAACACAGAAUGGAUGCUUCUCAAUAAAGCGGCCCUUCUGGAUCCCCGGUUCAGCCGCUUGGUUCACCUUUCGCCUGGACAGAAACACCUCGUAAUAGAAAGCUUAUCUCAGGAGCUGAAGGAAACUGAAAGUGAUACCGACUGUGAAUGUGCGCAAGAGAGGGAAGACGUGGCUCCGGCUUUAGGUGCAAUGGGAAGCUUGUUUGUGGACAUGUAUAAAUCGAUCGACUCGGCCACACGCAGUAACGGCUCUGGUAUCCAGGAGCUUACAAGCUACAUGACUGAACCUCCUCUCCCCGCAGACAGCAACACGCUGCAUUGGUGGAGAGACACAGGCUGCAACAAAUACUCACUUCUCUCAACACUGGCGCGCAAAUACCUGUGUGUGCCAGGCACGUCUGUGCGCUCCGAACGUGUGUUCUCCAUCGCGGGGAACAUCGUAAAUAAAAAGAGAGCCGCACUUGAUCCAGAUCAAGUUGAUAGAUUGGUGUUUCUUGCAAACAAUAUUAAGCAAUGA